CAUUCAAUUGUAAUAGAUAGAAACACAGUACUUCGAUUAAUUUAUCUUUAAAAAAAUUCUAGGGAAGCCAUUUAAAACAUUGUUUUUUUAUGAUGCGAUUCGUUAUGGAUUGACGCAUUUCAAGUGAACUGCCUAAAUAUAUUUCAUAGUUUUGAAAAAAUCACUCUAAAAAGCCAGAGUAUAUUACGGAAUUGUUAUCAUUUGUACACAAUGACUCGCUUGUUGCUUGUCUCUGCAUUUUUCCUGGGAUAUGCGGCCAUUUUUCGUGUGGCGGCAGAUGUCGCCGCCGAACCCCCCACCACAGAUAAACCACAGCUUCAGAUUAUCUACAACGACAAGCUAAGAGAAGCCAUGAAGCGGUUUCAGAUAACGGAAGCAGACAUGAACGAAAUGUUGACAAACUAUAUAGAGAGCGGAAAGGCGCCCACCAUUACCAAAAGCAUUCUCAACCCUGAAACUAAUCUACAGGAGACCAUAACACUCGACUUCCAAGGCUUCACAAAGGAAUGGGAUGCAGCCAAACAGUCAUCUGCUAACAAACUGACGUCAUCGGUUGCUAGUGACAACGCUCCUAAACUCGAUUCCAGAGACGUUGACAGUCUCGAGGAACAGAAGCGCCAUCUGAUGAGAGGGAUGCUGAUUCUGGACGCCGAGAGUACCGACCUUACGGCGGACUUUGAAUCCCGACGACUGACAGAAUAUGUGUAUCGUCAGCGCAUGCUCGAGAACAGACAGCUAUACCGCACGCUGAUGACACAACUAAUAAAGGUUCAAGGCAUUCUGGAGGAUUACAGGUCAGCAAAGGGAACUGCCCGGGGAGCAGCCAGAAGAGAUUCGUCUCGAGUUAUAACCUCAAACCAAACAACAGCAUCAGAAACGUCAGGGGACGAAUCCACUGCGGCAGCGGCUCAGUCACAGCAAACACUCGAACAGAACUCGUUAUCAUCACAAGCUGAUGUUGAUAAUGGAGAGCAGAGGCUAAAACAAUUGGAGGAGCUUCGCAAUCGAAACGCGCUGCUAAAACUUAGACUUCGUGAAGAGCAAGAAAAAGUGUCCUCAUCUACCUCUGACAUAAAACCCAGUGAUAUUAACUCUUUGAAUGGCGUAAACGAACAACUACAGUUCAGCGAUUCCAUUUUAGGGUCUUUCCAAAAUGGAGGUCCUAGCAUCCCGCAAAGUAACAAUCAAAUUGCGCAGGGUCAAGAUCCAGAUAUUCUGAUACUUCCGAUGGUGCCAGCACAGUUGGAGGAAGAGGAAGCAGUCGUAGAGGAACCUGUAGGUGGUAUCUUGCGAUCACAGCCUGUUCAAUCUUUCACUGCUCGAAAUCGGCUUCUAAGGGAUUCAUCCAUGCUAACACCGAGCCAGACACAGCAGCGAUUAUUGCUCGAAUAUCGGCAACUUCAGGAAAGAAAGCGUAGAAUCUACCAGAUUUUUAGACAAUAUGGAUUGGCUGUGUAAGAAAGCUUAGAAGAGUGAUUUUUUUUUUUAUUAUAAUGAACGGUGCUCAGAUAUUAAUUUAUCUCGUUUUAACGUUACUGGUGAAAUUUUUGUUUAUAAAAUAUUGAUUCUGAAAGCAACAAUGUUUGGAAUGAUGAUGAAAUAUGUUCACAUAGACUACAUUUAUGUAAAUUCACCGGUGUAGAAAACAAAACUUGCGUCUUCUUUCAUUUCCGUGUUGUUUUAAUUAAUCUCAUUGGAAGCCAUAUUGAACUUAUAUAUAGUUAUUGUUAAUUACGUGUAUUUCCAAUGAUGAAUUGUCUAUGUA